GGGGGCCCGGUGGGCAGCAGGGUGAUCCAGGCAGCCGGGGCUUUCCUCCUCCUCCUCCUCCUCCUCCACGCUGAGGGAAAGUAGCUUUUCAUCUUUUUUUCAUUCUGACUUUGGGCAAAAGGGAGGGGAGGGGAAGCAGCUUGAGCCCAACUCCCCGCUGAGAUGAGACGGUGGAUGAGAAGAGGUCUCCUUGUCACAGGCACAAAGGCCACCUCCGCCUGGCAGCAUGGUGCUGAAAUCUAACCCUGGCAUCAUUCUCUUGUGCUCUUUCCUGCCCAGUGACUACAUCAUUGAGGAGAAGACGGCCGUGCUGCAGAAGAGGGAGCAUGAGGGAUUCGGGUUUGUAUUGCGAGGGGCCAAAGCUGAAACCCCGAUCGAGGAGUUCACCCCCACCCCGGCCUUCCCAGCGCUCCAGUACCUGGAAUCAGUGGACGUGGAAGGAGUCGCUUGGAGAGCGGGGCUGCGCACGGGGGACUUUCUGAUCGAGGUGAAUGGUGUGAACGUGGUGAAGGUGGGGCACAAGCAGGUGGUGUCCCUGAUCCGGCAAGGGGGGAACCACCUGGUGAUGAAGGUCGUGUCCGUCAGCCGCAAGCCGGAGUCGGAGGAAGUGGUUCGGAAGAAGGGUAGGUGUGAAUCCCGGGAUUCCCUGGGCUGGGGGGACAUGUCACCCAAGGGUGGGAACCACCAGAGGGUCUGCAGUGGCACCAGUGAGGAGGGAGGGCACUGGGAGAG